AUGAAAUCAUUGAUGCUCACAAUUUCGCAAAUUUAUUCUCAAUUACCUCUUCUAACAAUCUGUCGACUUCCAUUUAAUGUUUUUCAUGAAGAUCAAAAUCAACAAGACAAAUAUUCAACAACAACAACACUAAUAAUUUUACCAACUAUAUUGCAUACAGCUCAUCUUCGUACAUUGGCUCUUGGUAUGAACACAUCAUCUUUUCUAAAACGUUUACUAGAGUGUAUACCAUUUAUUGGAAAUCUUUCUAUUGGCGUAGAAGAUUCAGCAAUGAAUGAGGGCAAUACGUUUGAUAAACUCCCAUUGGCUACAAUGUCGUUUAAUGCAGCAGACUUAUGUUCACGUGUCAAUGAAUUAUUCCUCUUUGACUCUAUAGACAAUAAUUGUACUUCAGUUGUCGAUAAUUGCAAAAGUUCUAUAAUGUCAUUGGUUCACGGGUCAUUAAUAACAAAAAUUACAAUCGAUGGAGAUGGUCUUGUUAAAGCAGCUGAAUUAAAGUCAACAUUACGAAUGGCUUAUAAUGUAAAUACUCUGGAAAUAUGUGGUGAAACUGGUAUUCUAUUGCAAGCGAUAUUACACAAUACUGAUAAUCUGGGAACUCGUGCCGAUGAUCAAGUAUGA